AUGGCCAACAGCGUUAGUUCACGGACCGGUUCCAGCUUCCCAGCCGGUGUCCAAGUCUUCACGGGCAUGGACGUUGGCUACACAGUUCUUGAGUUCCUGUCGUCGGUCCACGCAAACGUGCGUGCGCUACCUGGACCGCCACAUGCGCAUCACAUCUCCAACCAUCUUCGUGGGAGAGCUCUACUGUGGUUCUCAGCCAAGCACUCCGAGGACAGCUACGACGGCCUGCAGUCUGCGCUUCUGCAGUCGUUCUCAGUCGACUGGAGUGGGGAGGUAAGCUCGGAGCGGCAGUUUCGACUUCUGCAGCAAGGUUUCGGCACCGUGGAUCAGUAUGCGGCAGAGUUCGAGCACCUCGCCGGCUCCUGCUCCGAGAACGUGAACGCCGAAUAUAACUUACGGUGGUUCGCGUGGGGCCUCCGCCACGAGGUGAGGGAGCUUGUGUUCACCGAGCCGUACGCCUUCUGCUCUUUCAACCGCCUCGUCGCCGUCGCGGAGGAUGCGGCGGUUUACCUCCACCUCGAGUCGCGGGCCCGCCCGCGAGUUCGUGAGGGCACAGCGUCCCGCCUCAGCCGACGUUACAGGGAGAGCUUGCGGAAGGCAAAGGAGAUUUUCUUCAUCCUGAGGCGUAGCCCAGACCCCUCGAGGAUGCCACAGAGCGGAGACACUGUCUGCUUUUCCUUCCAGUCAAUCAGCGAGGCUGAUUUGGCCAAGACACCGACGCCGUCGCCCCGGACGCCUCCCUCAACCCGCGCACGUCUGAGGAGCUUCACAUCGCACCCCGAGAUCGUGUCUGACUUUGGGCAGAUGGGCGCAAGGCGCACUCCGGACGUGCCCAUCGACGCCAGCCCGGGCGGCUCCAAUGGAUCCAGUGCGAGUCCCAUCAAAAGCAGCCCAGCCAAGAGCAGCCCCACCAAGUCACUCCGGAGUUCACAUAAUCCGUAG